AGAGAGCGGGACAGAUUGAAGCAGAAACACAGCCAUUGAGAUCCUGCAAUAGAAACUGUUCAGAAUAGAAGCGGGUAAAGAGUAUUUGAAAGGUAGAAAUAAUAAAGGGUAGUUAGACGGAGUAAAGCCUGGGAUAGAGAGCAAGGCUUUUAGGGAAUGGCGUGUAACCUAGCACCUUGUAAUUGGUACCCAGGAAGAACAACAUCCUGAAACAGUGCAGCUGGAGUCAAAGAUCUGCGAACACGGAACAGGAAGGAUGGUCACAGCUUGGCCUAUUACAUCGGCCAGCACUCUACUGAAGGAAUCAGAGAAGCACAGUAAGAUGCUUUAGAAUAUCAGCUAGGGAGGAUACCAAUGUUGCCAUCCAGCAGGAUACGUCAGAAUUUUUGAGAAGGUCAAGAUGUUGGGUGCUUGAUGCCCCGCAAGAAGAAGCCCAGCCAAUCCAAGAAGCCCCCUUUGCUGUUUCUGGAGAGUCCACAAAAAGGAGAAAAGUGUAGGCAAGUGGUGCCUCUACCAUCUGCGGUAAACCCACGCCAGGUAUCCUGUGUGCCAGUUCACCAGUCUUCGUUCACUUGGGUGCUGCCACAGUUUGAAUUUUCAGACACAACAGUUCAAGGAUCAAGACAAAAGCAACACAAAAAUAACACAUCUGACAGUACAGCACAACACAGGAACUACAAAGAGAAGCAGAGUACUGCACCAAAAGCAGGAGCUGUGAGAAAAUCACAUGUUAACAUUGUCCCCUUGACCUUUUUGGGCUGUGAUGAGUUGCCUGUUCAGAAGGAGAACCACAAAGUUCAUCCUAGCACCUGUCAGAAAGUUGGAACCCAUGGACAAGCUAGACUGCCAACAAAUAAAACUUCAUUUAUGGGAAACACCUACCAAGGACAUAAAGAUGACAGUUCCUUGGCAAGGGUUCAGAAUUCAGAUGCCUUGGGUCAGAAGCUCAAAUGUAGGCAAAGGUCUAUGUCGAAGGGCAUCUUGGUUGGUAAAAUAAGCUGUGCCACAAGUACAGGAUGGAAUAUACCCCACAGUUCUGUGAAAUGCUCCAGUUUCAGUUCUCCGUUGUAUUGUAUCAACCGCCAAACUAGUGCAAACUCUGGUGGUAAGGAGCUCUCCCUUUCUGAUCACUUUGCUGAAUCAUUUGAUGAGGUAUUCAUUCUACCACAAGUUAGCACUCCCACAAUUGAUGGCUUACUUCCAGUAGCUAACUUGAAAAAAAAUAUUGGUAGAUUAGGGGACAGGACACCAGACAUACGCAAUAUGAUUGCUUUCUGUGGUAGACCGGAGGACUUGGACACAUCAUCUGGACUAAACAAUGAUUCUUCUGAGGAAUCCCUGUCUUCGGAGGUUUGGGUGCAGGACACUCCAGAGCGUGAAUAUGGAGUCAAAGCGACUUGGCGAAGACGGCCACACAUUAUGCAAUAUUUGAAAGAUCGUGGGAAACUAACCAAUAGCGACGUGCUUGUUGGCACAUAGGGGACACUCUCACAUUGACAAAAGUUCUAUUCAUUGCAAUGCAGAUAGUGACCUGUCCAUUUCAAAUGUUACCAUUGAUAUGAUUUUCUGGGUAUUGGGUUGGUUGGGGCUAUGUAGGAGCACUGUCUUAACCUAUGGUUGUCAAUGUUGCUAUGCAGCUUGUCCAGACCUGCAGGACUUUGACAUUCAUUGGAUUUAAUAUAAAAUCUCCAUCCUCAACUUUGGUAUCUCCCAUGUCAGCGCAACAUCAGGUCCUUAUUCCAUUAAAUAUGCCUUAGGUUAAUGUAAACUCAUGUGACAUUGUGAAAAAUCACUGUAAUUGGCUCAUGCCCACAAUAAUUCGUGUUGUAUAUCUUCAUUAGUGAUGUGUUUGAAAUGAUCACCCCGCUAUGCAUCCCCUUAUUCCAGAUUUUUAGAAUAAAAGUAAUUUCCAUCUGCAAGCUGUAAGAAUUCUAUCCCAUGGAUAUCACAUCAAUUUCAAACCAUUCCUACUGAUUAUAGGUCAUAGCAUAAAACUACCUGUAAGCUGAAAAUAAAUUGGCAAUUUGAAUCAAGUCAGCCAGUGGCUGAUUUGAGAAAUGGAAAUGUUACAUUGGUAUAGUUUAGGUUUUUCUUCCAAAAUCGGCAUUUCAACUGUAAUUUGGGAAUAUUUUGGGAAAUUUAUCGUCUUACCUGAAUCCCUUAACCUUUCCCUCAGCUUAAUGUGCAGUAAAAUGAAAAAUUACGAAAAAAUAUAGGCAGAACGGAGGUUUAAGUUUAAUUUCAACAUUGUGAAGGCUACAUUCGGGGGAAAGGAUUGGGGGAAAAAAUCAGCUAUCUUUGUCAAAUUUGUUCCCAUGUUUUAAACUAUUUUAUUAACCUGUAUCCUGACAUGGCAUUGCUUGUCCAGAGGAGAAGUAAUAUCUGGUAUGGGGAACAUGAAAAUAAGGAACUGCAACAGAAUCCGACAAAUUGGCUUAUCCAAUUUGUGGCCACAAUCUCUGGUCCUCAAGCCAAGUCACUCCGACCUAUAUGUACAUAGAUUCCUGAUUUCUUGGUUUGUUUUCUGAUUUGGUGCCCUGGCAAUUUUGAUUGUUUCUAGUGCUGCUGCCUUACAGGUAUAUGAAUGCUAAAGCAGAACAUCUGGAUUUGCAACUUUAGAAACUUACGGAUUGAUGUGAAUGUGGGUUUAAACUUAAUAGUUGGGCCAUGGCACAUAGCUAUGACCCACAAGGAUAAGAGUUUGAACACCCUGCAACAAAUGAUUAGAAAAUUCCUCAGAGCAAAAGAUUUUCUCUAUUCUGCCAAUACUUAUUGUGGAGAAUGAGCUGUGACCAGUUUGUAUAGGAUUGAUAUUAGAAAGUAUUCACUUAUUUUAGUGCACUUAAAAAAAACUCAUUAAUUUUCUUCUCUCUUGAUUCUUGUUCCUUCCUGUAGUACAGUUCCAAGUAGUAAAAUGAGCCAAUUGCUUUCA